CAUAAAUUUAAGUUUUUGAAGCAAUACCAACCAGCCGUCCAACUAUGACUGCACUGCCAUCUUACGCCGCCCAGGAAGGCGAAAUGAUUACGCUUCAGUGCACAGUGUAUGUAAGCCCAUCUGACUCGGACCCGAUCACGUGGUUUUGGACUUGUGAUGACAAAGAUUUUAAAUCCAAUUCAACCUCCAACGGUGAUACAAGCACAGUGACCUUCAAAGCAGAUAGGAAAUUAAAUAAGAAACUUUGCUUUUGUCGAGCAACAGCAAAUUCAUCAGGGAUAAUCUACAAUUCAACGUCCACAUAUAAAAACAUAGAGGUUUACUAUCCACCAUUGACUUCACCAAAAUUGAAUGCUUAUCAAAUAGAAAAAGCAACUGGAGACGAUAUAACUCUUCAGUGCUUGAUUGACUCGCUUGGUAACCCUCCUGUACGUUGGUCCUGGAAAUGUGGAACUCAAACAAUUAACUCAAGAAUUACUAACAUUGGCCUGGCUUCAAAGGUUGUUUUCGAAGCUGAUCCAAAUCUGAAUGGCAAGUCUUGUUAUUGCCAGGUUGAUGCUCCUUCACGAUACGAUUUUAAGGCAUCGUCUAGUGCUGCAGACGUCAGUGUUUUUUAUUAUCCGUCAGACUUUCCUCGUAUCAGCACAAGGACAGUUAGGGUUAAUGUGGGUUCUCCAGUUAUACUUCAUUGUUCAUUGUCGUCUGCUGGUAAUCCACAGAUCACGUGGUCAUGGUAUUGCAAUGAUGUCAUAAUGCGAGAAGAUGUCCGAGAUAGGGACACAUCGACAGAGUUGUCAUUUAUAGCAAAACUGACCGACGACAAAACUGACUGUUAUUGUAGGGGGAGGAGUAGUCAUCCUCUGAUUAAAGGAUCCUAUGACCAAAAAUCAUCGAGCUCAUACAUAAAGAUAAUCGAGUACCAAAUGAAUGCAGAAAUUUUUAAAGAAUCUGGAAGCAAGGGAAUUUCUCCCGCGGCAUUUGGAGCAACCUUGACCAUCCUGUUGAUUGCUCUAAUUUCCUGCACUAUUAUCAUCAUUAUUCAGCACAGAAGGAUUCCGAAAGAGUCCUCAUUGAUCACAUGGUUUCUUGUCAAAAUAGGUAAAGCCAGGAAAAGAAAAUCAAAGAGUUUUCCGGAUGUUCAAGAGGAAAUUCCAGAAGAACACAGUUACGAAACCCUGAAAACAGGAUAUCAAAUUAACCCUUUUU